AUGAAAGAAAUUGCUGAGCGCCCUAUUUCACAGCCAUUCUUUCAGCCGCUUGUAGAUGAUCAAAAUUAUCCAAAAAUUUUUCCACCAGACAAGCAAAUGGACUUUUCAAAGAUUAAAGAAAAGCUGGAACAAGGACGUUAUGAAUCCCUUCCAGAUUGGAUCAAAGAUGUUAAUUUAAUUUGGGCAAAUGCUGCAACUCUACCAAAAGAAAGUUUAAUUAGAGCUAUGGCUGAUGAUUUGAAGUCAUGGUUUAAUGAUAAAGGAUUAAAGUUAUCUAAGAAGUAUGUUCCUAGAAUACAAGAAGAAUCUUGGCUAAAAGAAUUUGAAAAUAUUCAAUCAAAGUAUAAAAGACUUAUGGAUACAUGCCCUGUGAAAUUGAAUUUAUUACCUCCAAAACCAGAGCAAGAAAAACCAAAAAAUUGA